UGACGACCAAUUAAAUGACCAACUUGAUAACCAACAAAGCGAUGAUCUACAGCUUGAUAGCGAGUAUGAAUACGAUGAUGUAAUUGCUGAACCUAGCAGUCCUUACAUAGAAAAUUCAGAGGUUAGUGACGAAGAAGACAUAGAUAACAAGCCUAAUGAAUCUGAAGCUAGUUCGGAAAAAAAUUCUACAAGUGAUCCUAUCUAUGAUCUCUUCUAG